CGGUCGAAGAGCUUACUGAAAAAAAAAUGCCUUUUUUUUUUUUUUCUCCACAUGAAGCUAGCCGUAUAUUUUUAUAAGACCAUAUAUGACUUCUCACACUUUCCCAGGGCCCUCAUUUUUCAGCCCGGCUGACAGCACAUGGCUCUGCUUUGUGCUGAAUGAAGCUCACUGUGUCAGCAAGGUCUCUGCUCCCUCCCUGCAUUUUAUAAAACAAAGAUUUCCAAAGAUCUGAGCUGAAAAGGGCAAGAAAAAUUCUGGUGGUAAGUUGCCAAAGCAUAAGACAGAAUCUGCUGUGGAAAGAGGCAGAAAGUUGAACUGUGUGUGAUGGAAUGAGUGUUCCUUGGUGUCUGUUUCUCUUUCACAUGGGUUGUCAUUAAUCUUAAGCAUUCCUGACAUUUUGCUGAGAGUAGGAAGAAUGAGCAGAGUGGGAAAUUGUUCUUCUUCAUUAAAAGAAAAAAAUAUAGAAAAGCUCUGUUCUAGCCGUCACUUCUGAAACAACUCUGCUGUGUGAUUCUGCCUCCCAAAGCAACUUCUUCAAAAGCGUGCCAAAAGAGGGUCACCCUGAUUUCCACAGUGCUGGGGGCUGAUGCACCUCUUUCCAGCAGUCUCCCAAGCAGCUGGAAGAGAGUGGUGCAUGCUUCAGCAGAACAAAGGCUGUAAAAGGUGGGACUGGAAAAUACAAUCCUUCGGGAGGAAAAUACAAGCGGUGGCUUUCAUCCAGCGGAGGAGAUAUCCACCAGAGUCCUGCUAAGAAACUGUUCUUCAUUUCCUGGCUGUAGCCAGGGGAGAGGGUUGGGAUUACAGAGGUUAUUACUCAGUGGCUGUUGGAGGCAGUGGUGGUCACUGCAUCACUGUGGGGCCAGAUGUCUGCAGGGCCAAGCCUGCGGGGCCGUUGCAUUGCCUGCUGUCUUCUGCUUGUCACCUUCUUCGGAGUGGUUAAACUCCCAGGUAGACACCAUGUUCACCUGGCCUGCAAAACCGCUCUGAGAUGGCAUCUUGUCCCUCCUGACACCAGGGAGGCUCUGGUCUGCGUCCUCGAGUUGGAACAGGCUCAAAGCUCACAAACUGAUGGCUGCGCUGUAGCUGUACUUGGAGUUCAGGCACUCUGCAAAAUUGCUGAAAAUGCCAAUUAAGGGAACAAAUCCUGAUGGCAGCACGCUCUUGAGAAAUACAACUGAAGUUUAUUUUCCUUCUGAGAGCAUGGAGGAAGGAGUUACUGUGGUGCUCAGUGGGCCUGACCCACAGUGGUCCUACCUGGGGGGAAGCAUGGGCUGAGGCUUUCCUAGCGCUACAAGGUUGAGUGAGUCUGUAAAGCCCUCAUGAGGGACAUAACCCAAAAGUGCAUGAGAUGUGCUGAGCUUGGUCAUCACUCUCCCCGUACCACCAUCUACGGCUCCUUCUGAUGGGGCCUCCAACGUGCGCAGCCCCUGGAAAGCAGGUGAGAAGAUCCAGAGAGAGCAGCACCCUUGCUGCUGCCCUGAUGGGGGUGGAAGCCACAAUGCAGGGAAGGAAACCCACCUUUUGUCCCCAGGGAUAUUGCUUGACCUGGGAGAGUUUUCUUGACAGGUGCAGGUGUCUGCUACAAGACCCAUGCCUGGGGCAAGGCCAGCCCACCAGCCAUUUGGGCAGCUUCAGCAGGGAAGCACUUGGGUUUCCUGGACGAUUCAAUGCACAGGCUCUUGUGCGGGUACCUAUUUGUUGCUGGUAAAGCCACAGAAGCUCAUCAUUGUGUCUAAAUCUUCAUAUUCUGGGAUCUCUUUUCCUUUUGGGGGCACGUUCACACCCACGGCUCAGGCAAGAGAGAAGAGGCAGAGGCAGAAGUCCCCCCUGCUGCCCCCAUCACUGCCUGCCGCGCAGCCCGGACGCUUGCGUGGGGAGCAGGGCAGCUGCGUUGGGAUUACUCACCUAGCGAGGGCUUGCACGCGGCAGCCCAAAUUAACCUGAGCUGCCAAGCGAAUUUGGCACUCGGUGUGAUGCGACUCAUGGACGUGGGCUUUCAACACGCGCCUUCCUGAGGCGCGUGUCCACCUGCCUGUUUGUUUGCUAAAUUCCACUGACUGCCCAGAUCCAAACAAACCACAGAAGGGAAAACACAGGCAGGUGCCUGAGCCAAAGGCACAGGCACACGUGAGAACAAGGCAGUGUGGAAGAAGAAGGGCAGACGCCUACAACCUCACAGCAUCUCUUGGCUGUGGCAGAAAAGACGGGGGAACCAAAAAAGACAUGGGGGAAAUCGCAGUGAAAAAAUAAAGCAGCUGAGGAGAAAGGGAGCUGGGGAGACCUGGGGUGUCAGCCCCGCCUGGAAGUGUGGGGAAAAGCAGUCAGACAGUAGUAAAGAGAGUAAAAGGACACCUGGCUUUCCUGUUUGCAGAGGAGGGAAUGAGCAAGACUAAGUGACAUCGGUGAGCUUAUUCAUUUUCUUCACAAUCGGGAGCUACCCCCCUGAAAGGAGCAGGGCAAAGAAAAGGCUCGUUGUCCCUUUAAGAUGAGACGAGCUGCCACUCUUAGUCAUAUAUCUGUACUGCACCCUAGGGUUAUAAAAACAUACAUCUUCGUUUUGAAAGUCUUUUAUUACAUCCAUAAACAUCAGAUUGCAGCUGACUGUUCCUGGGAUGAGAAUGUCCUAGUACUCCAAGUGAGUUUUGACAGGGGGAGGGAGUGAAAGUAAGAUUGGUUGUUUUUUUACCGGGCCAGUGUUUAUAGGGGACUUGUCAGCUUCCCGCACGCUCCAGCCGCUGUCAGCGCUGAGCAGCAGUGCAGGGAGAGGGCACGGGUGGCUCUGAUAAUCCCCACCGCCGGACUCGCCUGUCGUCCCAGGUGCUGCCUACGAUAAAGAAGAAUUGUUCCAGAAUUUAUUGGGACAGAUUGCUGAGCAGUUCUCAAGGGUUUUUAAAAUCAAUGAACUGAAAACGGAAGUAGCUAAUCACUUGGCAAUGCUGGAGAAAAAGGUUGAAUUGGAAGGCCUGAAAGUGGUGGAGAUUGAGAAAUGCAAGAGCGACAUUAAAAAGAUGAGGGAGGAAAUGGCAGCGAGAAGCAGCAGGACUACCUGUCCCUGCAAGUACAGCUUUUUGGAUGAAAACAAGAGGCUGACUCCCCGGCGGGAUGUACCAUCCUACCCAAAGUACAUGCUGUCCCAGGAGACCAUCGAAGCACUUCGGAAACCGACAUUUGACGUCUGGCUGUGGGAGCCCAACGAGAUGCUGAGUUGUUUGGAACAUAUGUACCAUGAUCUUGGGCUGGUGAAAGACUUCAACAUCAAUCCUAUCACGUUAAAGAGGUGGUUGCUGUGCAUUCAUGACAACUACAGAAACAACCCCUUUCACAAUUUCCGGCACUGCUUCUGCGUGACCCAGAUGAUGUACAGCAUGAUCUCGCUCUGCAGUCUCCAGGAGAAAUUUUCCCAAAUUGACAUCUUGAUUCUCAUGACUGCAGCAGUAUGCCACGACUUGGACCAUCCGGGCUAUAACAAUACCUAUCAGAUAAAUGCACGAACGGAGCUGGCAGUACGCUACAAUGACAUCUCCCCAUUGGAGAACCAUCACUGUGCUGUGGCUUUCCAGAUCAUUUCCCAGCCAGAAUAUAACAUUUUCUCCAAUGUCGACCAGGACCAAUUCAAGCAGAUAAGACAGGGGAUAAUUACGUUGAUUCUGGCUACAGACAUGGCGAGACAUGCAGAAAUACUGGACUCUUUCAAGGAAAAAAUGGAAAAUUUUGAUUACUCAAAUGAAGAACACAUGACCUGUCUGAAGAUGAUACUGAUAAAAUGCUGCGAUAUCUCCAACGAGGUCCGCCCAAUGGAAGUUGCAGAGCCCUGGGUAGAUUGCUUGCUAGAGGAAUAUUUUAUGCAGAGUGACCGAGAAAAGUCAGAGGGGCUUCCUGUGGCACCUUUCAUGGACCGCGAUAAAGUGACCAAGCCAACGGCGCAGAUCGGCUUCCUGAAGUUCGUUCUCAUCCCCAUGUUCGAGACAGUAACAAAGCUAUUCCCAGAAGUGGAGGAGGUGAUGCUCCAGCCCCUUUGGGAAUCCAGGGACCGCUAUGAGGAAUUAAAACAGAUAGAUGAUGCUAUGAGAGAGUUGCAGCAGAAGAAAAGCGACAGCCUGACCACCGGCAGUACCGAGAAAUGAGAAGAAAAGGACUCUGAGCAAAACAUAACCCCUAAGGUUAUUUUCUUUUCGAGAAAUACUGUAUUUGCCAACCAGACGUGGCGGCUACGUCAAAACCCAGCGGGGACCACUCAGGAGGAGAGGUGGCCAGGAUGGAUGCCCUGCCCGCCCGCCCAGGCGCUGCCACCCCUGCGGACGCCUCGCAGGUUGCAGCACUGCUCCCGUCUGCAGCGGGUUUGCGUUUUUGGCCACCACUGGGAAUUAGGCCCACUGUCUUUAAGGGCAAAGUGGAGCUGAGUAAGGAGCCGUUUCUGGAAAAAUGAUCCACUGGCGUCCAAAAACAAAAGAAAAAGUUGUUUUAGUCAAGAUACUACAUACAUGUGUACAGCGGUAUGCUAAUUACAGCAUAGCUUAACAGAUGCUUGUAUUCUGACAGGGCCCUGGUAGAUAUUUUUGUUUGCCAAGUAGGCCCUAAUGACACAUUUCUCUGUAUUAUUCUCUGAAUUUUAUAGUGUUCACAGUACAUUCAGAAGCCCAGCAAUUUCAUUUUUCUAUACUAGAAGAAGUCAGAAAAAACCUUCAUGGGUUUGCGGGUUCGCUUUGUGGCCCUGUACAGCUGUCAUCAGGGGGUCCUUCAGCACAAGCAAAGGGGGGGAGCACCACGCUGACACCACUGUGCAAGCAGACUUUUAUCCUCGUGAAAGCAAAAAGCAACACCACCAACAAGAAGAACCUUCAAAGAUGUACAGAUUUUUUUUUUUACUUUUAAACUGAUCUGCUAAAUAAUAUAUUCUUCUACAGAAAUGGGUGUUGUACCUGUUUUCUUUUGUGUAUGUGUUCACAGAGUGAACACAAGUGAAUACAAGGUGAGGGGCUAUAAGGGAGAGGGGAGGGUCUGGUCUCCUUAAGAUAAGAGGUUUCAGAAACAGUUUUGGUGAUACAAACAUACCAUGAGAGCAGCAUGGAAGGAGCAUCCCUUUCAGCAAUGACUUGCAAAGGCUGGGAGCCUCACAGAGAGCAGUAUUAUAUCAAUGCAGCCAUCCCUACCUGACUCCUGCUUGCACAUUUCCCCAGCUCCAUGACAGAGCCACAGCCUGCUCUCUCUGCUGGUGCCCCUUCCUGCCCAGGCUGCCUGCUCCUUUAAGCGUCUGUUUGUGUGCAUGCUUUGGGGCUUUCUGCUGCAAGCUGGAGAAGGGUCUGGCCCCUGGAUUUGCACAGUCUUGGGGGACCCCAGGGUGGAUGGGAAGAUCCAAGCGUGGGGUCAGCUCCCAGCUCUGCAGGCAUCUUCACGAACAAAUGAACUAAGCCCUA